CGGGCCGGCCUGGCGUGUUGGGCCCAGCGGUGUCCAUGGUGACUGCAGCCGCCAGCCAGCGCUGGGUCUCGAAGUGCGGGGCCGGCCGGCAUGUACGACCGGGCUCCGCGGGCGCUCACUCAGCCCGCGGCCGGCACCGAGGCGCAUGUGGGGCCCGGCUCCUACCAGCUGCAGCCCGGGAAACAGCAGAAAGCAGAUGGCUAUGCUCCAUUUCUUUCUUUGACAACUCGAGACUCUGCAUUUACUAUUCCAAAUGCUGAGAUUGAUGUUCCAGGACCAGGACACUAUGAUAUUUCCAAAGUGCAGAAUAAUAUAAAAGGUGGUAAGAGUCCACAGAACAAAGAAAAACGUUUCAAGGAGAUCAGUACAGACACUCCAGGACCUGGAAGCUAUAACCAACCUCCUGCAGUGGGGUUAGAGAUUAAUAACAGGAAGCAGAAAGAGCCUAAAGAACAUAGUCAACUGAGGACUGCUGGCAGUAUAAAAGUAUACCGAAAAGUGGAUGGUCCCUCUAUCCCUUCUCCGGGCCAAGCAUUUGGGUAUGAAGAAGCUGAGGAUGGUACUCUUAUUAAACAAUACCCACCUCAAAGAGAUGGGACAUUAGGCCCAGCGUACUAUCAACCAGUAAUUAAUGGUACGUAUUCUGCCAUGAAGUAUAAAGGAGUACAUUUUGGUAAUUUAACAGGAAAACGUAGUGAAUUUAAGGCUCAAGCAGGGCCUGGGCCUGGAGAGUAUGACAUAAUUCAGGAAAGUGCACUGCAUUAUUGGAAUGUCAACAUCAAAAAGGAAGACAAGAAAAAAUAUGAACCCUAUGUCCCACGGUAUCAUGAAGUAAUAGUAUUACAGGAAGAAAAGAAGGGUGUUCCAGGACCUGGACAAUAUGAAAUAAAAAGUCAGUUUCAGAAGGUGGAGAAUAUAACACAGAAUGGAAAUGAAGUUCCACGUGCUCCUUUUCUUUCACAGUCCAAAAGGUUUGUACAUGUGAAACCAAUCACCCCAGCUCCUGGUACAUAUAAUGAACCACGCUCAGCUCUUGAAUCCUUGAAUAAAACAUCAGGAAUGAAAAAGAUCCCAUUUGGUCAAACUACAGUUCGGUUCAGUCAAGACUCCAGGCUAGAAAAAACACCAGGUCCAGCUUUCUAUAAUAUUCUUAACUAUAGUAUUGAAAGAGAGAAUUUUAAAAAAGCUUACUUGGAGAGUACAAAGAAAGGAGCAUUUGGAUCUUCAGCACCUCGACCUUUAUAUGUUUUUAAGAGGGGAGCUUUCUGUACUCCUGGACCAGCUGAUUAUCAGGGCAAAAGGAGCACCGAAGAAUCACAUAAACAACAUAAGCAGUUACCUGUUUUCUUGUCAUCAACAGAAAGAGCUCCAGUAGUUGCCAUGGAAAUUCCACCACCAGGCUCCUAUGAGGUUCAAAAAUCAUUUGAGAAAUCACAUAAUAAAAGCCACUAUAUGCCUCCCAGAACCACACUGGCUAAAAGAAAGCAUACCUCUUUUCUCAGUGCCACACCUAGAAAAAAUAUAUACAACACUGACAAAGAUGUACCAGGACCUGGGACGUACAAUCCUGUAGUGAAGUCAGCUUCCAGUAUUUCCCUAUUUGUUUCCAGAGUGGAGCGUUUUAAGGAUGUGAAAGAGUUUACUCCUGGUCCAGGAGCUUAUGAGCUAAGCCCAUUGUUUAAGGACACUGUCCUGAAGAGAACAUUUAAUGCUACCUUACAGAAUCCUGUUGCAACUCAGAUGGACAACACUGUUUGCAAAUAUGAGGCAGUGCACCCAGGCACACUUUGUGUGUCUAUUUAGGAAUUCUUCAAUGAUACCAGAGAAGGCACCAAACUAAAAAACACCAGGCCAUGUGAAACAGAAAUAAAGGUGAUGAUUGAGUUUUUGUUGCCUGUCCUCAUCAGGAUGAAUUAACUGACAGCCUGAUUGAGCCAAUAUGGCAGAAACCCCCACCACAAACAUAGAAAGGGAGAAGGAUAAAUUGGUGAGGCUCCCUUCAAGGCUGUUUUUCUUCAGAAUAUUUAAGUGGGUGAAAGAUUUGCCCCCUUCUUCCAACAUAAGAAGUGAAGAGACUGGUCUCUGAACCUCAGAGAGCCCUCAAGAUAUGCACAGAUCUCAGAGAAUCCUAUGAGAUACAGAGACUUCCACAUGAGACCCUGUACCUUCGCUGCUCCUCAGCUGCCACCUGUUCUCCUCUGGAUUGACCUGUACUUACAAGGUUUCUCUUCUUAGCAUCUGCCUCUGGACACGGAGGGGGCUGUUCAAUCUCAGAAUGCUUUACUGCUGAUUGGAUGUUCCAUGUGGUUGAGAAGGGGAAAGGAUGUAUAUUCUGCCCUGCCCUCUGUCCACAGGCAUGUCCCUGAACCUGCAGAGGGGUCUCUGUUGGUGCAGGAACAGAGAGGAUCGUGGUGUGGAAGAAGAUGAUUCCUAUUCAUGCCACUGCAUGGCCUGGGACAAAUCUACACAUGGAGCUCUUCUCUGUGCAUGGAUGAAGGGGACAUGACUGGACCUUUUGUUCAUUUUUUAGUUACUCCUUCUUAUCAGUUGUCAAGGACUGACUGCUUAUUGCUCCUGAAAAAAUGUAUUCUGGUUUAUGAAAGAGUUUAUAAGCCUUGCAGAUUAUGACAUAGCAGAGAUUUACAUCAUGUCGUUCUAAGUAGCAUCGUGUACUUUUCCCCACUUCAGUUCUGACAUAGUUGUAGUAGCCUGUGAUUUACUAAACUUAUUAGUGCUUUGUACAAUUUCAAAGUGAGGAGCCAAGCUUUAGAUGGUAUUAAAGCACAGGGUUUGCAUUCCGGCAGUUCUCAGAAUA